AUUUGUAAUACUAACCCCGGAGCCGCAUCUUACAAUGCAGAAGUAUGCCGGCGGUGACUCAUUUUCGGUAUAGCUUCCAGUAUCAGCUCCUCCAGCUAUUCUAAGCUCGGUCCGUGGACAAGCUUGUAGCUUACAAACAGUUUACGUCAACCACUAUUGACAACUAUUAGCAGGGGGUUCUAUCUAUACUGUCCGAGAUGGCAUGGUAGCUGUUGAAUUUCUAUGCCGUUCGGUUUGCCAAGAUAACAACAUACGACGUGGUUAAGGAGAUCGACGAGGGUGUCUGUUGAGUAUUUAAAUGUUGCUUAAGCUCGCAGAUAUUUGUUGGUGGAAGGAAAUCAUCAUUAAAAACAAAGCAGUAUUUCGAAAACUACCAUAAUAAGUUUGAAUACCCAAUAUCUUGAGCCAUUAUCUUUUACUACCUACCUUUAAAUUGUCAAAAUGCCUGUUAAACGCUACGAUUCAUCCAUCGUUGACGUUGCGCCCCUCGGCCAACCUCUCAAGUUCGAGUUCUCUGGCAAGGUCGCGAAGAACCGCUUCUACAAAGCCUCGAUGGCCGAGGAUCUUGCAUCCUGGAACGUUGAGGAUCUCGAGGAGCGCGGUAUCCCUACCAAAGAGCUCAUCGAGCUAUAUCGAGUAUGGGGAGAGAACGAAUGGGGCGUCAUUGCUACUGGAAACAUAGACAUCGAGUUCGACAUGCUCGACGCUAUCGGCGACAGCAUCAUUACUCCCGAAUGCCCCUUUUCAGGCCCGCGCUUUGAAGCGUUUCAAGAACUCGCCAAAGCGGCUACAGCACACGGGAGCUUGGUCGUAGGCCAGGUCACACAUCCCGGACGCCAGCUAGCCGCCAGAAUUAGGAAAGACACCAUAUCAGCGUCGGCGACUCAGCAUCCCCCGAAGAAUGGUAUAGAAUAUGCUAAGCCCCGAGCGGCCACAAAGGAAGACAUCGCGCGUGUUGUUGACGGAUUCGCCCACGCCGCCGAGUACCUGGAUAAGGCCGGGUUCGACGGCAUCCAGCUGCACGGGGCGCACGGGUACCUCAUCGCGCAGUUCCUCUCCGAGACGACUAACCAGCGCACGGACGAGUACGGCGGCAGCAUCACGAACCGGCUGCGCCUGGUCUCGGAGAUCGCGCGGGAGAUCAAGCGGCGGGUGAGCCCCGACUUCAUCGUCGGGAUCAAGGUGAACUCGGUGGAGUUCCAGGAGAAGGGCAUCAAGCCGGCGGACACGCGGAUCCUGUGCGAGACGUUCCAGGAGCUGGGGUUCGACUACGUCGAGCUGUCGGGCGGCAACCACGAGGACAUCGGGUGGGGGACCAAGAAGGACAGCACGGCCAAGCGCGAGGCGUACUUCCUCGAGUUCGUCCGCGACGUCGUCCCGCACCUGUCCAAGACGAAGAAGAUCCUCACCGGCGGGUUCCGCACCACGGCCGCCAUGGUCGACGCGCUGGACAUCCUCGACGGCAUCGGCCUCGGGCGCCCCGCCGCCCAGGAGCCGCGGCUCGCGGCGGACAUCCUGGCCGGCAAGGUGGCGAGCGCGGUGCAGCCCGUCGACGGCGUCGUGGACGACGUCUGGCUGUCGCUCAGCAGCGCGGGCUCGCAGAUGGUGCAGAUCGUCCGGGGCCAGGAGCCGUUCGACCUCAGCAACCCGAAGCUUGCCGAGAGCUUCAAGAAGGACCUCGCGGCCCAGAUUGGGAAAAUCAUCGCGGCGAACGGGAGCUUGGAAAUUCGCGGGUUCCCCGAGCUGAGUGAUCCGGAUGCUACUUCGCAUCCGUAUGGCGUUCCUUACUAGGAUAGAUACCCUGGUACAUGGUAGAUAGGUAUGUAGAUGGCUUGGGCUAGAUAGGAGGUAUUUAUAUUAUAUAUCUUGAAGGUUUCAGUUAGCAUCUCAGUAUAUAUUAGCACGGUAUAUAGGUAUCCAAUAAGAGAAGGCAUACAACAUAAAGCUCGAGGUCAUUGCUAGCCAUCAUAUAAUAUCAC